UGCUGCGGGGCUGAGGACGCGGCGCAGCCCCGCCGCCGGCAUGGGAUGACGGGCUCCGGACCGCGCCGCCUCCGCCGCCCCGCGGAGCCGCUGCCGUCGAGGAUGCGCUGCGCCGCCGUCCUUCUCCUGCUGGCGGCGCUGUGGAGCCCCGGGGGAGCGCGCAGUUGCCCGGCGCAGCUGCGCGGCUGCAAGUGCGUGGGCGAGAGGCCGAAGGGGCUGGCCCCGGCCAGGAAGAGGGUCAGCUGCAGCGGCGAGGACCUGGAGGAGCCGCCGGCGCCUCGCUUCUUGCCCAACGGCACCGUCACCCUGCUUUUGAGCAACAACAAGAUACCAACCUUGAAAAAUGGCUCUUUCUUUGGACUGCUCGCUCUAGAGAAACUAGACCUGAAGAACAACUUGAUCAGUACCAUCCAUCCUGGAGCUUUUCUUGGCCUCCCAGAUCUGAAGCGUCUGGAUCUCUCCAAUAAUCGCAUUGGCUGCCUCAGCACUGGCAUAUUCCAGGGACUGGUCAACCUCAUCCGCUUGAACAUAUCCGGGAACAUUUUCUCCAGCCUGCAGCUCGGGGUCUUCGAUGAGCUGCUGUCCCUUAAAGUCCUUGAUUUUGCCACCGAAUACCUCACCUGUGACUGCAACACGCGCUGGAUUCUGGCUUGGUCCAGGAACUGUUCCGUCCAGAUCUCUGACAAGACGGUGUGCGUCUACCCAGGCAGCCUGCAUGGGAAGCCGCUGCGGACCACCAGGGAGAGCCAGAUGCGUUGCGAAGGGACCCCGGAACUGCACACCCACCUGUUGAUCCCCUCUUUGCGGCAAGUUGUCUUCCAAGGCGACCGCCUCCCUUUCCAGUGUACGGCAACCUACCUGGACAACAGCACCCACAUCCUUUGGUACCACAAUCGUGUGCUGGUGCAGGGGGACGAACCCAGCGGCAUCAUCUUGGAGCAGAGCCUCAUCCACGAUUGCACCUUCAUCACAAGCGAACUCACCCUGACCAACAUCCACGUCUCGGCCAGUGGCGAGUGGGAGUGCACCAUCUCCACCGCCCAGGGCAACGUGAGCAAGAAGGUGGAGAUCGUGGUGCUGGAGACCUCGGCGUCGUACUGCCCACCUGAGCGGGUGACCAACAACCGCGGAGACUUCAGGUGGCCACGCACCUUGGCCGGCAUUACGGCUUACCAGUCAUGCCUGCAGUACCCCUUCACCUCCGGGAAUGGGGGCCCCAGUCGGGAGAAGCAAGCGUGGAGGCGCUGUGACCGCACAGGCCGCUGGGAAGAGGGGGACUAUUCCCACUGUCUGUACACCAAUGAUAUCACGCGUGUCCUCUACACCUUUGUGCUGAUGCCCAUCAACGCCUCCAAUGCCCUGACCUUGGCGCACCAACUGCGUGUCUACACAGCUGAGGCUGCCAACUUCUCAGACAUGAUGGAUGUCAUCUACGUGUCUCAGAUGAUCGAAAAGUUCACCACUUAUGUGGACCAGAUUAAGCAGCUCACCGAUGUCAUCAUAGAGAUGGCCAGCAACAUGAUGUUGGUAGAGGAUCAUAUCCUGUGGAUGGCUCAGAUCGAGGACAAGGCUUGUACCAGCAUCGUUCACUCUCUGGAGAAGAUUGCUGGCUACACCCUCAGCACCAACUCUCAGCACAUGUCUGUGAACUCCAGGAACAUUGCCUUCGAGGCCUACCUGAUCAAGCCAGACAGCUACGUGGGCCUGAGCUGCACAGCCUUCCAGAAGCGUGAGGCCCUGCUGGGUGGGCGGCCCCCGCGGCAAGAGCGGUACUCGGAGUCCCUGGCAGACCAGCAACUGAAGUUCCGCUGUACCACGGGCCGACCCAACAUCUCCCUGUCCAGCUUCCACAUCAAGAACAGUAUCGCUCUGGCCUCCAUCCAGCUGCCUCCUGGGCUCUUCUCCCCACUGGCGCCUCCCCAGCCCCAGCCCGCCAAGUGCAAGCUCCAGCUCCUGGUGUUCCGUAAUGGCAAGCUCUUCUGCAGCACCGGAAACUCAUCGCACCUCGCCGAUGACGGCAAGCGCCGCAGCGUGGCCACGCCAGUGAUCUAUGCAGGCACACACAACUGUGGCAUCAGCAACCUCAGUGAGCCCGUCAUCAUCUCCCUGAGGCAUCUGGACAAGGGCACGGACCACACAGCCGCCUACUGGGACUUUGACGUUCUGGCUGGCUACGGGGGCUGGAAAACGAAAGGCUGCCAGCUGAUUGUGCUGGAGCCCAACAUGAGCACCGUGAGCUGCCAGCACCUCAGCAACGUUGCCGUGCUGAUGGAGCUAAGCACCUUCCCCCACGAGUCGCAGAGCCCAGCUGAGGUCCUGCAUCCUGUCAUUUACAGCUGCACUGCCCUCCUCCUCCUGGGCCUGUUUGCCACCAUCAUCACGUACAUCGUCAACCACAGCACCAUCCACAUCUCACGGAAGUGCUGGCACAUGCUGCUCAAUCUCUGCUUUCACAUUGCCAUGACGUCUGCCGUGUUUGCGGGCGGCAUCACCCUCACCAACUAUGUUGCCAUCUGCCAGGCAGUUGGCAUCAUUCUCCACUAUUCAACCUUGUCGACUUUUCUGUGGAUGGCGGUGAUGGCGCGAGUGCUCUACAAGGAGGCCACGUGGAAAGCACCGCAGCAGCAGCAGGACGGGGAAGCCCCCCAGCCAGCCCCACGCCCGAUGCUACGAUUCUAUCUGAUUGCUGGUGGCAUCCCUCUAAUCAUCUGUGGUAUUACAGCUGCAGUCAAUAUCCACAACUAUGGGGAUUACAACUCCUACUGCUGGUUGGCUUGUCGGCCAAGCAUUGGGGCCUUCUAUGUGCCCACAGCAUUCAUUUUGCUGGUCACCUGGAUUUACUUCCUGUGUGCCGGAAUCAGCUUGCAGUGCCAAGCCAAGGACCCCAAAGAGAUGCCCAAGCCCCUGGAGACACGGCCGCACCUGAGUGGCAGCAGCAACCUCUUGACCGACUCUGGCUCGAUCUCAGUCACACUGAAUCCCAGCCCACAUGCUGCUGACGCUGAUGGUGUCUACUCCCUCGAGGUGCAGUUCUGGGCCCUUCUGAUCACACAUUUCCUCUAUAUCACUCUGUGGACCUUUGGGGCCCUGGCAGUAUCCCAGGACUGGCUCCUCCUGAAGGUCAUCUUCAGCUGCCUUUAUGGAGUCACAGCCGGGGCACUGGGGCUGUUCAUCUUCAUCUACCACUGUGCCCGGCGCAGAGAUGUGCAGAGCUCUUGGUUUGCCUGCUGCCCAUCAUACAGGAAUGCUUUGCCCAUGCAAGCCUACGCACACCCCGGGGUGGGGGUGGAAGACGGCUCGCAAGUCUUCAUUGGGUGCAGCCCCGAGGUGGCUCAGUCCAUCAAGUCGUCCUCGUCUCCCAGCAGCACCAGUUCAGUCCCAGGGCCCUGCAAACUGAACAACCUUCAGUUAGCCCUUGGCCAAGCGGACGCCAACCCUCCGCAGGCCCCCGGCUAUGAGGAUGUGGAGCCUUCCAACAGCAAGAGCACCCCCACAACCAGGUAUGCCAACAACCUGCAUGGGCGCAGCAGGCAUCACAAGAGCAGGACUAAGCAGUACCGGGAAGGGAAGCACCACCGCUUGAAGGCGCUGCGGGGAGGGCUUUCCCUGGAGCACCCCACCAGCGAGAGUGGGAGCCUCCACAACAGCCAUUCGGAGAGCUACCAAAGCAGCCGGAACAGCCCGUUGAACAAUCGCCGCCUGGGCGGGCUGCCGAGCCUGGAGUCAGCCUUGACACAGUCCGACCUGAGUGACGGCAGUGGCAACCAGCAGGCACUGGACUUUGGCCAGACCGCCCAGCGGAGGAGUGCCAGCCGAGACAACCUCAAGCACCAAGCCAAUGCCGUGGCAGAGAAAGAGACUAAGAGGCGGUCCUUUCCGCUCAAUGCGACCAAUCAGAACGGGGGCCUCAAGGGUAGCAAGUACGACAUCAACCUCUCCAGUGCUGACAGCACAGCUGGCAUGAAAACAGGCCUCUGGAAGAGUGAGACGACAGUGUAGAGUGGAGGGGCAAAGGGCCAGAACCUCCAGUCCCCCAAGCCAGCAGCUGAGAGGCGUGGGCAUCUGGCUGCCCCGGCCUGCCAGAGCAAGCUGCAGAGGCGGCCAUUAUGCACUACAUGUGGGCUUCGGGGGCAGUGGCUGGAGCACCCAUGCUCCUGGCCAGCUUGCCUGCCUUCCGUCGAGGGAAUGCUUGCCAGGCACUAGAUGGUGGGGGAAACACCCAUGUCCCGUGUUGUAGGAGCCGUAGUCUCCUUCCUGAUCCUGGUAUUCAAUGCAACUGGUGUCUUGGCGCUUCCUUUUCCCAGGGAACCUCUCUCUCUCUCUCUCUCUCUCCCAGUCCCUGGAAUGAGCAAAGUGCACCACCAUCCUGAGGUGCUAAUUUUAAAGUGAAAGACAAUCAUUUGUUCUCAAGCAACCUGGAGCAAUUGCAAUCGUAUGCUAUCUCUCUUCUGCAUGUCACUU